AUGAUACACUACUCUGCCUUCGACAUAACCCUCGCGCCGGUUUCGGGAUCUCUGCUUGAUCGCAGCGAUUUUGGCAUGCUGCCACCUUAUGGCCAAACCAUUGUGGUGGAGCUGUUGAAGCUGAGAGACCCCCAUGCGGCGAUCGCACACGAUGACGGAAAAGCUUCGCCGGGCUCUUUUGGCACUAAUGCCAAGCUAUCCAAAGCGAACUGCUUUGUGCGUGUGUUUCGAGGCAACCCGGGUCAGACGCCCGAAACGGAUUUUGCUUUCAACCUCGACGCUAGCCUUCAACUGAAAUGCAUGAACACCAGCGGUGCCUUGUACAAUGCUACGAACAACAUUUGCCCCCUGGAGGACUUCGAGCGGAUGCUGGAGAAGGGUGCCCCGACCGAUCCGAAGGGAUCCUGCUUGCUGGAAGAGGAGCUUGUGAAAGUCGUCAAGUGCCCCGAGAAGCCUGUGGCCGCGUCCAAGUUGGAAAAGGAUUCUUCGCAGUCCGUAGCCGUACCACCAAUCUGCGCGGAGUACCGUAAGCGAUGCCCGAAGGUUGCCUGCAUGAACAAGGAGGGGGUUGGUGGGAUUCUCGACUUGAAGACACUCCUGUGUGUCGAUAACCACGUUACACAGACAGAAAACAAACGAGUACUCAGCCAGACCCUGACGGUGAUCGUACCUUUGAUCCUUUUCGUGGUCGGGCUGGUGGUGGCAACGAUUGUGGGAGUCAAGUGUAUCAAUAUAAAGCGACCCAAGGACCAUGAGGUGGGACAUCCGUCAUUAUCUUACGCUUCUACAAGCAUCAUGAAAUAG